GGCUGAGUGGAGAGGUUAAGAGAUUGGAGGUCUUCCAUCCACAAAAACAGGUAUUUUUGAGCACAUUCUGGGUACCAGAGAUAAAGCAGUGGACAGAACAGACACCGUCCCUCUUCUCAUGGAGCUUAUCCUUCAUUGCUGGCACAGAGAGGAGGGAGACAGACGAAACAAAUAUGAUAGGCGGUGAGCAGUGCGAGGAGAAGAAAGUAGAGGAAGAGCAUACAGAGGAUGAGUGGGCGCUGUUUUGGUUAGAGGGGUCAGGAAGACACCUGGGAGGGAAGGAGUGGACAUUACAGAUACUUAGAAGAAGAGCAUUCUGGGAUGGUUGGGUUGAUAAAGCAGGAGAUGAGGCUGGUGUCCAGAGAUGGGGUGGCCCAUGUGAGGAGGACAAGUGCUAAAGGAGGAGACCAGACUAUGCAGGGCCUGUCGUGUCCUGAAGAUCAGGAUUUUCUCCUGCCCCGUAGAACGGGGGACGUUUUCCGUGGAAGUGUGACCUUACCUACUUACAUUUUUUAAAAACUGAAGAACACGUCUGUUGUCUUCUGUAAAUACUGGUGUUCUUACUAUGCACCAGGCACGUUGGAGAAGUCCCUGCCCUCAGUGAGAUUAGAGGCCUGGAGGGUCCCCCAGGAAAUGGUUGUUACCUGUCCAGGCUCUGGGUUGGACUUCCUGGAGUCAGAUUUCUGAAUAAUGGAGUGCUUUUCCUCCUGGGGAAGUCAGUGCUAGUAAAAGAGUUAAACACAAGGUAGGGCAGGUGGCGUAGUCCCUUGGCACAGAGCCAGUCCUCAGCAAGUGUCAGCUGCUGUCCCUUUAAUUACAUUAGAUUCCCUGUUGGGGAACACAGUGAAAGGUGGUUCACCAGCAAGCAUCGAGGGGCUGCGAGGUGGAGGGUGUUGGGAGCCCCCAAAGGAGAGCCGGACAGGGGACAGCGCUUAUGGCGGGAGCGGGGAUGUAGUGGCAAGCCACGCAGAUUAGCUCUGCUCCAGAGCCCUAGAGGGUGAUUGCAAGGUGGGGGGCAAGGACAGGGGAGUACAGCCAAAAGACAAGAUCACAGCAGAGGGUGGCGAGAGGGCCUGGGGAUUGGAGGCCUGAGCUUCUGGACCUCAGUAAUGCUGGAGUGACAAGGAGUAACUGAGGAGGGGAGCGGUCUGGCAGCUGGGUGGCACUGGCCUCAGGAGCAGGGGGAGGCAAGAGUGGCAUGGAUGAGGUCCUGAGCUGGGAAGGAGGACUACCUCCGCAUUAGCUGUCCCUGAGUAACUGUCCAGUGGCUUUCAAAAGACACCUUGUCCCAGCUUUCCCGUGGCGGGAGAGGGGCAGGGCUCAGAGCUCCCCUGUUGCAGGCCAGCUGGGACUGGAGUUGGUUUCUGGGCUCACUGUCAUAGGAAGCCAUGGCAAGCUCCUGGGGAUGGCAAGCAGGGCCUCAGUGGGUGGUGACCCAGCUAGAAGGACGUUCUAAUUCCAGGGGUGAAUUACCCUGGAUCCCAAGGCGUGGGGUGAGCUCUCCUUCAGUUUGGGGAAUCCAAGACUAUAGGGGCUGGUGGGUGGCGGAAGCCCCAGGGCCUUCCCAUGGUGGAUGCAUCCGGAACCUGAAGCCACAUGAGCCCUGUGUCCUCUGGGCUGAUCCCUGGCCAGCGGGACUUCAAGUGCUCACAGCCAAAGGCCUGAGGGUGUGGGGCCCACUGCAGGGUCCAGCCCUGGGGAUAAAGGCUGCAUUGUUUGAGCAAAACUCUGUAAAUGAGGCCUUUGAGAUGGAUUUUUACCCCAGCUGGGAGGCCUGGUUGCUGUGUUUUUGGAGACAGCAGUGAGUUCCAGAAUACAGGGCUGGAGGCCCCCUUGGGCUCGGAGUGGCUCCCGGGAGGAGGAGCCAUUCCACACAGAAGGGGAGACUAGGCUGUGAGGCUGGGAUUCAUCCCUGCUUCUGGGACUCCCUCUUACAGGACUCCCAGCUCAGGCACGUCCCCUGUCCCUUGGGUCUUCUUCCCUCAGCUGCACUCCUCAGUAGGUCCCACACCUGCCCAGCUGAGCUCGGAUCUGUCACCACAAGGUCUGCGCUCUGGGAUCUGGCCACAGGCUGCCCACCCUCUCUGUCUUUCUGAGCACAGCCCUGGUACCAUCUAUUCUGGGGCCCUCCCUUCCUGUCCACAUCUAAACCUUUCUGGUAAACCUGCCGGCUUCCCAGUGGCCCGAGCUUCCCCACAGGCCUGUGGUGCCCUGUGUCUGUGUGGCCUCCUAGAAGCUCCCAGGGCUACCCUGGGCUCUCCUGUGAGGCAUCUCUGCAAGUAUAAUGAGUGGGUCAUGACCCAACAAGAGCCAUUUCCCAAAGAGAACAAUCUUGCCCAGGUGCAGGAGAACUCCCCAGCCCAGCAGGCAGGCCUGGAACCCUACUUUGAUUUCAUCAUCACCAUCGGGCACUCGAGGCUGAACAAGGAGAAUGACACGCUGAAGGCCCUGCUGAAGGCCAAUGUGGAGAAGCCCGUGAAGCUGGAGGUGUUCAACAUGAAGACCAUGAAGGUGCGCGAGGUGGAGGUGGUGCCCAGCAACAUGUGGGGUGGCCAGGGCCUGCUGGGGGCCAGCGUGCGCUUCUGCAGCUUCCGCAGGGCCAGCGAGCAUGUGUGGCACGUGCUGGACGUGGAACCCUCUUCACCUGCCUCCCUUGCUGGCCUGCGCCCAUACACAGACUAUGUGGUUGGCUCAGACCAGAUCCUCCAGGAGUCCGAGGACUUCUUUACGCUCAUCGAGUCCCACGAGGGGAAGCCCCUGAAGCUGAUGGUUUACAACUCCGAGUCCGACUCCUGCCGGGAGGUGACCGUAACUCCCAACGCAGCCUGGGGUGGAGAGGGCAGUCUGGGGUGUGGUAUUGGCUACGGGUAUCUGCACCGGAUCCCAACCCAGCCUCCCAGCCACCACAAGAAGCCACCUGACGCCCCGCCACCUGACGCCCCGCCACCUGACGCCCCGCCACCUGAUGUCUCGCCAUCUGGUGCCCUGCCACCUGGUGCCCCGCCACCUGACGCCCCGCCACCUGACGCCCCGUCUCCUGACGCCCCGCCUCCUGAUGCCCUGCCACCUGGACCCACCCCUCAGGACUCUCCUGCCUCUUCAGGCCUGGAGACAGGCUCCAGGCAGGAUGACUACAUGGAGGCCCUGCUGCAGGCACCCGGCUCCUUCGUGGAGGGACAGUUUUCUGAGCCUGGGAGUCCCAGCUGUGGUGCUCCAGACCUUGGGGGAUUUCCACAUCCCAUGGAGACCCCUCUUCAACCUCCACCUCCAGUGCAGCGUGUCAUGGACCCAGGCUUCCUGGAUGUGUCAGGUAUCUCCCUCUUGGACAGCAGCAAUGCCAGUGUCUGGCACGGCCUGCCCUCUGCCACAGAGCUGACAUCCAUGGGUCUCUCAGCCUCUGGCCCUGAGGACGUCUCCAGCAGCGGUUCUCACGAGCGUGGUGGUGAGGCCACAUGGUCCGGAUCAGAGUUUGAGGUCUCCUUCCCGGAGAGCCCAGGCACCCAGGCACAACCAGACCACCUGCCUCAGCUAACUCUUCCCGACAGCCUCAUCUCGGCAGCCUCACCGGAAGACGGCCUGUCUGCUGAGCUCCUCGAAGCGCAGGCUGAGGACGAGCCGGCAAGCACAGAGAGCCCAGAGUUCGGGGCGGAGGCUGAGGGGGCAGGCGGCCAGGCCCUGCUCUCCAUCCCUGAAUAACGCCCUAGGCUGUGUCCAGGUCCCUGAUGGCAUUUCAUGAGGCUGAGAUGGGGGGAAGCCGCUUAGGCCGCACUAUACAGCUCAGUCCCUUGCCUGAUCCCGGCCCAGUAUGUGCAGCUUCCUAGGCAGUGGCUCCCGGUUGUGCAGGGACUUCUGCAGUCCGGGAGCUCAUGUGUGCCCAUAGCCCCUGCUGGUGUCCAAGAGAUGACCUUCCAGCAUUGAUUCUGCCUGGUGGUCCUGGCUUUGGGGAGUUGGGCACUUGUUUGAGAGUCUCAGACAAGUCCUUUUGGGGUGGUGGGGAGCUGGGAGCAGCACCCAGAUUAAGUUUUGCAGGAGCUGGGGUAGGAGAGGAAAAGGACUACUCUGCUGCUUGGGUGGGGCAGAGAGCCUCCGUGGGUAGGAAGAGGAGACCAUCGGCAAGAGCAUCUUUAGGCCACGUUGUACCCUUACGUCCAGUGCUUGCUCCUGCUCUGGUCACUAUGGCUGCCCAGGCAGCAGCAGGGUCCACACAGGGUCAGGUGUGAAGGAGGAAGGAGGAUUGAAGGGUGGAGUGAAGGAGGAAGGGAUAGGUCUGGAGUAUUUGCCUACAACUUGCUAGGGCUUGCCUUGAUUCUUCUUGUACAGCUCAGCUAGCCCCGUGUGUACUAGAAGGCAGCCCCACGUCUUGGGGACCCCUGAGGCCCCAGUUACCUUCUCUUCUAGAAGUCUUGUAUCAUCUUUGCUACACUGCAUAGCUGGCUCAGGCUGAUUGACAUCUGCCAGUCACAGCUGGAGGAGAGAAGCAGUGAACUUGUCCCUCUCUCCUGGGGGAGGAGGGAAAUUCUAGCCCCGUCAGCAGAGACUCACUUGUUCUUGGACCAUGAUGUCUCUUCUUCCCCAGGGCCUACACCCCACAGACCCAGUAUCCCUAGUGGUGACUCCUGUCAGCUCCCAUACUUAUACAACCAUCUCUUCUAAAUAUACAAGGCAUCCAGGCUGCCCUAGUAGAAUACAGAUUGCAAAUUUAAAUUCACCGACCUAAGCAGACUCAAAGCCAGUCCUGACUGGACUUCUUGAACACAGCUCCCACCCUAAGCGAGAAUGAGGGGCCUGGACAACAGUGGGUAAAGGCCAUUCUGUUCUUUCCCAUAGUAUGGGAGGCUGUUCCCUCCACCCCCGGUGCCCAGAGUGGCACUAAGACUAGGUGAGAUCUUGUGCUUUACCUGGUUGCUGCAGAAAGAGGAGGGCUCCAUGCAGGAACAGCUCCUCAUCUCCUUAAGUCCCUCACCUGCCCACAUCUUGCCAAUUGCUACAAAAGCUGCCUCUGGCUUUGUCUUCUAGCUGCUACCCAGUUGAAAGUCCCACGUCUGCAGCUUGAUCUGUAAUGUGGGCACUUUACAGUGCAUUCAGGGUUCUUUUAGGCCCAUACAAUAAGGACCAUCUGCUCGGGGGGGAGGCACAGAUCAAGUAUAUGCAGGGAGGGCCCCCAAUGAGCAAACUCUUCAAAUUUCUAGCACUGUGACUGCAUUUGAAGCAAGCCCUCGUCAAGCCUGUCAUGGCAGCUGAUAAGCCUGCCGAACAGGGAGGAGGUGUGUCCAAAGCCAGGUCUGGAGCUGGGUUCUGGGAUUUUCUGGGAGCCGUGUCUGCCUGUAGGAAUCCAGGAAGUAGAAGAGAAUCACCACAGGACUGUUUGGAGGCCAGCUUCCCUGAACUGCAGCCUGGUAGUAUGGCCCGACAUCCCCCUCACCCUAGGAUUCUGGCUCUUCCUCUCUCACUUUUCUAUACUCCCCGCUCUGACCAGGGGGAUAAAAUGGGUACUGACGUUGAUGACUAUCAGGGUAAACAUGGAACCAGAAAUUUCUCUGUAAUCUGCUAUGAAGGAAAAUGACAAGUGAAGAAAUAAAGGUGUACUACAUUUUGAAA